GCCGCGGAGGCUGCGGGCCCCUGACUCCUUGACCUCGCUCUCCCGCAGUCACCGCCGGGCCCGGCGCGGGCCGGGGGGCGGGGACCAUGGGCGCCUCGGCUUCCCGGGGCCGGCCAGCCCGGGUCCCCGCGCCGGAGCCCGACCCCGAGGAGGCGCUGGACCUGAGCCAACUGCCGCCCGAGCUGCUCCUGGUGGUGCUGAGCCACGUGCCCCCGCGCACGCUGCUGGGGUGCUGCCGCCGGGUGUGCCGGGGCUGGCGCGCCCUGGUGGACGGCCAGGCCCUGUGGCUGCUCAUCCUGGCCCGCGACCACGGCGCCCUGCUGCCGCUCGCCCGCAGCUGCCUGCCCCCCGCCCGCGACGGCAGGCCCUGCCUCCUGGGCCGCUUCUGCGAGCGCCGGCCGAUCGGACGCAACCUCAUCCGCAACCCCUGCGGCCAGGAAGGCCUCCGGAAAUGGAUGGUGCAGCACGGCGGGGACGGCUGGGUGGUGGAGGUGAACAGGUCCACGGUGCCUGGGGCCCCCUCGCAGACCUGCUUCGUGUCAUCCUUCAGCUGGUGUCGCAAAAAGCAGGUCUUGGAUCUGGAGGAGGAGGGUCUGUGGCCGGAGCUGCUGGAUAGUGGCAAGAUUGAGAUUUGCGUCUCCGACUGGGGCACCUGGAUGGCUCAGUGGUUGAGCAUCUCUGCCUUCGGCUCAGGUCGUGAUCCGGGGUCCAGGGAUCGAGUCCCACAUCGGGCUCCCUGCAAGGAGCCUGACUCUCCCUCUGCCUGUGUCUCUGCCUCUCUUUGUGUGUCCCUCAUGAAUAAAUAAAAAUCUUUAAAAUAAUUAUAAUAAAGUGUACAUAUUUUAGGUGUGUAGCUCCUUUCCCAUCACUAACCACCCAAGGGUAGCUGCCAUCCUGAAUUCUGUUACCAUAGAUAAGUUCUGUCCAUUUUUGUACUUAAGAGAGAGAAAGUCCCACAGUGUAUGUUUUGUUCCUGGCUUCUUCCAACUACAUGUUUGUAAAUUGGUUCCCAAUUGCAUGUAACCAGUGAGUUUGCUUUCAUUGUUGUUUACUAAUCUAUUAUGCGAAUAUACUGUAAUUUAUCCGUUUACCAUUGAUGGAUAUUGGAUGUUGUGUUGUUGGGGUUUUUUUUAAUGUUACUGGGUAUCCCAUCAUGACUAAAUAUAUUCAGAUUCCUGUGGUCCAUUUAUUUAUUUUUAAAAGAUUUUAUUUUUACGUCAUCUCUAAACUCAAUGUGGGUCUUGAACUCAGAACCCUGAGAUCAAGAGUCACACGCUCUACUGACUGAGCCAGCCGAGCCUGAUGGGAACCUGAUGUGGGACUCGAUCCCGGGUCUCCAGGAUCACACCUUGGACCGAAGGUGGCGCUAAACCGCUGAGCCACCCAGGCUGCCCUCCCGUGGUCCUUUUAAAUGACUGAUGUGAAAGUCGUAUUUUCUUUUUUGUUUUUCAAGAUUUUAUUUAUUUAUUCAUAAGAGACACACAGAGAGAGGCAGAGACACAGGCAGAGGGAGAAGCAGGCUCCACGCAGGGACCCUGAUGCAGGACUCGAUCCCAGGACCCCAGGAUCAUGCCCUGAGCCAGAGACAGAGGUUCAACCACUGAGCUACCCAGGCGUCCCAAAAGUUGUAUUUUCAACGUACACAUUGGAAAUCCCAUCUUUUGCCACUGUUUAAACAUAGAAUGAGCGAUUUCGAUUGUCACCUUAAUAAUACGAGAGGAGGAGCCUGAAGGGGCAUUGCUCUGGGUCACUGCUUUGAAAAUGCAUGUGCUUGCGGACCCGCUGGGGACCCCGUUUACUGCAGGCUGAGUCAUUGGGUCUGCAGUGGGGCCCAGCUCCCAGGUGACACUGGUUGUGCUAAAUGGAGGACUCCAUUUUGGAUCUGCAGAUGUGGGGAGGGCUUGGGGUUGGGGGA